AUGACUCUUUCAUCGGCUUUGAAGUGGUCUGCGACAGCAGUUGCUCUAGUAGCACAGUUGUGCACUGCGCAAACCUACACUAGCUGUAACCCUCUAAAGAAGACCUGUCCCGCAGAUGCAGGCCUGGCAAACUCCACCUUAUAUACUGACUUCACCUCGGGUGAGUCAGCUUUCAAGUACUGGAACACCACGGCUGGCACAGUGAGCAGCACAUCACUGGGUGCUGAGUUUUCUAUCGACGAGCAGGGCGAUGCUCCCACCAUAGAGAGCGAGUUCUACAUAUUCUUCGGUUAUGUAGAAAUGAAGAUGAGGGCUGCCAAUGGCACCGGCAUUGUCAGCACGCUAGUGAUCGAAUCUGACGAUCUUGACGAGAUCGACUGGGAACAAGUCAGCUCCUAUGAUAACCAAAUCCAAACCAACUACUUUGGCAAGGGCAACACCACUUCGUACGAUCGCGCCACUACAGUGACCGUGUCUACGCCCGAAGAGACAUUCCACACCUACGCGAUCAACUGGACUUCAAGCAAAAUCGAAUGGCUCGUCGAUGGAAGCGUUGUCCGAACCCUUAACUACGCCGAUGCGCUGGAUGGCGAAAACUUCCCCCAGACCCCGUCCCGGAUCAAGAUCGGUAUCUGGGCUGGCGGUGACCCCGACAACGAGGAGGGUACCAUUGAAUGGGCCGGUGGGGAGACCGACUAUGAUGACAGCCCUUUCACCAUGUAUGUGGAGUCGAUCAAGGUUAUCAACUACAACCCUGCCAAGUCGUAUACCUACACCGAUAAGACUGGCUCCUACACCAGCAUCAAAGCAUCGAAUGUGUCAACUGCUUCGAACUCGACAACAUCCACGACUUCUCUGUUCCGUACGAACACCAUCUCGUCCAGCAAUAGCUCGUCCUCGUCCUCCAGUGCCAGUGCCGCAUCCAGCACUGCCUCCAGUGGUGCUUCCACGCUGUCAAGCUCCUGCCUCGGUGCUGCAUUUGUGGUUGCGCUCGUCACCAUGGCUACUGGCAUGCUCCGUAUUUAA